AUGAAGGCUUUGCCCAUUUUCCAGCUUCAUUAUUUUCCAGCAGUUGGUAACAGAACGCCGUUUUCUGCAGCAAAGUGGGGUCCUUCUCUUAAAUAUUCAACCAGACUUCGACGGUUUGGGAGUGAAGAUUUACUGCACCAUAGCAACCAGAAACACAUUCUUAAAAUAGUCAGUAGAGAAUCCAUAAAUUUAUCUCAAGUAUAUGAAACAGAUGAUGACCUGCAGGAUGAGGAAGCUUUUGAGGUAAGCGUGAUAAAGGGCCACAUUGAUCAUAUUAGGAGGAUGCUGGACACUAUGGGAGAUGGCCGAACGAGUGUUUCACCCUAUGACACGGCAUGGAUUGCUCUCAUUAGAAAUCUCCAUGGAACUGAUCUUCCUCAAUUCCCAUCAAGUCUUCAAUGGAUUGCUGAUAAUCAACUCCCUGAUGGUUCCUGGGGUGAUGAUCAUUUUUUCUUAGCAUAUGAUCGGCUACUCAAUACGCUAGCAUGUGUGGUUGCGCUGAGAUCAUGGAACAUUCAUGCCCAAAAGAUUAAAAAAGGGAUAACAUUUAUCAAAGAGAACAUACACAAGCUUGAAAGUGCAGAGGCAGAGAACAUGACAUGUGGAUUUGAAAUUGUGUUCCCUGCCCUUCUUCAAAGAGCCAGAAACUUAGGUAUUGACGAUAUUCCCUACAAUGCUCCUGUUGUAAAAGAGAUUUACGCUGCAAGAGAUCGGAAAUUGAAAAGGAUACCUCAAGACGUGAUGCACACACUACCAACAUCUCUACUUUUUAGCUUGGAAGGAUUACAAGAUUUGGACUGGAAAAAGCUUUUGAAGCUGCAAACUCCACUGGGUUCAUUCUUAACUUCUCCAUCCUCCACUGCCUUUGCACUAAUGGAGACUAAAGAUGACGAGUGUUUCAGAUAUUUAGAUAAUAUUGUACAAAAAAUGAAUGGAGGAGCCCCACAUUCAUAUCCAGCUGACUUGUUCCCACGACUUUGGGCGGUCGACCGACUACAACGCUUGGGAAUUUCACGCUUUUUUGGGUUACAAAUUACAGAAUUUCUAAAUUACGUUUACAGAUUUUGGACGGACAGAGGAAUUUUCAGUGCAAGAUAUUCAAGAUUUUAUGAUAUUGAUGAUACAUCCAUGGGAUUCAGGCUUCUAAGAUUGCAUGGAUAUAGAAUUGACCCCGAUGUGUUCAAGCACUUCAAGAAUGACGACAAAUUUUCUUGCUAUGCUGGUCAAAUGAUUGAGUCUGCAACUCCAAUAUUCAAUCUCUAUAGGGCUUCUCAAAUUCAGUUCCCCGGAGAAACUAUUCUUGAAGAGGCCAAGAAAUUUUCGUACUCAUUUUUAAAAGAAAAGCUAGAAUCUAAUCAACUUCUAGAUAAAUGGAUAAUAUCUGAGGGACUUUCAGAUGAGAUAAGGAAAGGGCUUGAAGUACCAUGGUAUGCUGAUCUACCUCGGGUGGAGGCUAGGUUCUACAUAGAGCACUACGGUGGCGAAACUGAUGUAUGGAUUGGCAAGACUUUGUACAGGAUGCCAGAUAUCAGUAAUAAUGUCUACAUUGAUCUUGCAAAAUUAGAUUACAAUAGUUGCCAGGCGCUACAUGACAUUGAAUGGAAUGAAAUUCAAGAAUGGUAUGCAAAUAGCAAUCUGCAAGAGCUUGGUAUAACGAAAAGGUACCUUCUUCAGGCCUAUUUUUUGGCUGCAGCUACCAUAUUUGAGCCAGAGAAGUCAAAUGUGAGAGUUGCGUGGGCUAAAUCCCAAAUUAUUUGUAAGAUAAUUACAUCUUAUUUCGAUCAAGAAAAUACAUCUUCGGAGCAAAGGAUGGCCAUUUUAGAGAACUUCAGAAAUACAAUCCAUGGUCAUAAGAAAACAAAAAGUGGCAGCAAUAAGACUGGUCAUGGAAUUCUCAAUAUAUUAUUAAAAACCCUAGAUCAAUCUUCGACGGAUGCAUGGGGGAUCCUCAGCAGAGACAUCAGUCACCAAUUACAUAAAGUUUGGGGAGCAUGGCUAGUGAAACUUGAUAAAGGAGUUAAGGAUGAAGAAGCAGAGCUCUUAGUACACAUAAUAAACAUUUGUUCAGGCCAUAUGGUAUCCGAGGAGACAAUAUUACAUCCUGAAUACAAGCGCCUCUCAGAGCUCACAAACAGAAUUUGUCAACAACUUCAUCGUAAUCAAAAUGAAAAGCUACUAGGAAUAGAUGAUUGCAGUACGGAAAAUAAUAGCGUCAAAUGCUGCAAGGAAACCGAAUGCGACAUGCAGACCCUUGUGGAGUUGGUUAUAUGCAAAUCCGACGCUGUAAAUAAGAAUAUAAAGCAAUCAUUUCUAAUGGUUGCAAAAACUUAUUACUACAUGGCCUAUUUCUCUGCAGACACUGUUGAGUUCCACAUAUCUAAAGUACUCUUUGAAAGAGUUGUGUGA